GCGGGCGGUGCCCGCGGCGCUGCGCGGGGCGCGGGGCCGGGCGGGCGCGGCCGGGGCGCAGCGGGGCUCGGAGGUGCUGCUGAGCGCGGCCGGCGGCGGUAUUGCUGAAAUCCUAAUGAACCGACCCCACGCGAGAAAUUCACUGGGAAAAGUAUUUGUAAAUGAACUGUUCAGUGUCCUGGAACAGCUCCGCUUCGAUGAGCAGGUGCGAGUGGUGGUGUUCAAGAGCCAGGUGAAAGGAGUGUUUUGUGCAGGAGCAGAUUUAAAGGAACGUGCAAAGAUGGAUGAUGCAGAAGUUGGAGAGUUUGUUAGAAGACUGAGAAAUCUUAUGGAUGAAAUAGCUGCCCUGCCUGUGCCCACGAUCGCUGCAAUCGAUGGCUACGCCUUGGGUGGUGGAUUGGAGCUGGCCCUGGCCUGUGACCUCCGAGUAGCAGCUUCAUCAGCUAAAAUGGGCCUUAUUGAGACCACACGAGGACUUCUGCCUGGAGCAGGUGGAACUCAGCGCCUGCCCAGAUGUGUUGGAAUAGGUCUUGCAAAGGAACUCAUUUUCACUGGCAGACAGGUUGAUGGAGAACAGGCGGCCUCCAUGGGGUUGGUAAAUCACUCAGUGCCACAGAACAGCGAGGGAGAUGCAGCUUACCAGAGAGCUUUAACUUUGGCUAAAGAAAUCCUGCCCCAGGCACCGUUUGCUGUGAAAAUGGGAAAACUGGCAAUAAACAAAGGAAUAGAGGUUGACAUUGCAUCAGGGAUGGCUAUUGAGGGGAUGUGUUAUGCCCAGAAUAUUCCCACCAGAGACCGUCAGGAAGGGAUGGCUGCCUUCAGGGAGAAGCGACCACCUCGGUUCACCGGCAAAUAACACUUUCUGCUUCCCCUUGAGUCUCUGGAGAUAAAGCAGGACUGAGGAGGAUCCACUGAUUUCUUAUGAUUAUUUUUAUGACACCAUUCUGUGCACUUAACUCCUUGCCUAGGACUGCAUUUCUAACUACUCCACUGGUUUGUUUUUCUGUACAAAUCUCCAAAUAAAGAUUUAACUUUGUACACCUGA